AUGUGGCGGUUAUAUCGAACGUACGCACACAAAGAGACGCUUCCUGUGGCCACCCGCGUAGUCAUCGCCAGACUUCUGGCCAAGUCUGCCCACUACACAACCACGAACAAAGCAGAGCUCCCCACCUCUAAGGCAUUGCGUCAUCUCUUGGGUCGACGCAUCAACGCAAUCCUGCAAGACUGCCACAUCGUCCGCUCUAGAAGCCGUCUGGCUGCUUCCUCGAAUUUACAGUCGACCCUCAAGCACUCGGAUCUCACCAUUGCAUUGCUGGAGCCAAUUGGAGUCGCGCUUCAGGCGCAGCCGAUCGCAGCGCUGAAAACCAUGGAUCAGGUGUUGCUUGAAUGUCGCCCGGAUAUCUACAGGUACAAGACCGAUCCUAACAUGCACGACGACUAUCUGUCGCCCAUCCAUACCACCUUGCUCACCAUUGCCGACUCGAUCGACUUUGAAAUCAACUGCCAACCGUCACCCAAGACACUGUCGAGAGCGAUUCGGCUGCAACCCAGCUUUUUCGAAGACGACGGCAUGCUAGCCGACCUCGAUAGAGGCCACGUUAUGCCAGUAGAAUCUGGCGAUCCCAUCAAGGACGUCCUCGAGUGGAUUCUCGAUUCGCCGCAUGCAUUCCUGCUCUCACACAAAGCUUUCAGAAACGCUCGAACUGCCUUCUUCCAUUGUUUGUCGCAAACGAACGACGCUCACAGUAUACUCGAGGCAAUCAGCACCAAUCGCGACUCCGAACAACCUGGAUUCGUAUUCGCCUGCGAAAUCUUUCUUCGGUCCCAGCUCCGGAAAAGCAAAGAGGCGGCGUUGGAGCUGUACGACGAUCUCUGGUCGCGCGGCGUACAUCUGCCCUGUAGGCUCAUCAAUCGCAUGAUUGCGGAAAGCGGUGGCCAAGCACCAGCAGCUCGUCUCGAGGCGCUCUUGCAUCGCGUCACGAAUGCCAAAUCCGAAGGUCAAGGUCGGGCGUCGAUCGCGCUUUUACGGAAUGUAGCUCUCUCCUGGGCCGUGCGGAAUCGUGCAGACCGAGUGACGGCGCUUCUGGCUCACCUGAAGAGGCGCUCGUCGAAAGGUCAUGACGAGUUUUCGCGCAGAGUCAUGGCGGAGCUGGCCGCCGCUCGCGGCGACGUCCAGAUGCUCCAUGCUCGUUUGGGCGAGGUAUUUGACUUUGAAGCUCGUCGCUUGGACGAAUGUGCCGAGGACAAGGUCCCGCUCGAUGGCAAGGCCUACGGUCUCCUCAUCAAGUCCUGCAACCGCUCUGACGACGUCGAUCUGGCUGAGCAUUACCUGACGCAAGCGCUAGAAAGGGGCAUCACGCCGCGAUCGUCCGAUUUCAAUCUCAUCAUCGACAUGCACGUCCGCAAGGCCAACAUUGAUGCGGCUCUCGCUGUCUUCGAGCAGAUGAAAGAGUUCGGUUUGCAGCCAGACACGUACACCUACACGAUUCUCAUUCAUGGGUUUGCCCUUCGUCGCGAUCCAGACUCGGCAGCGCAUGCGCUCCGAGCCAUGAUUGCAGCAGGCAAGUCGCCGGAUCGCAUCACGUACGCUGCACUACUCAACUGCUUUGUUGAGUCCGGACUGUACGAGGCGGCUAUCCGGCUGUUCGGGUGGAUGCAGGAUCAGCGCGAUUCGCGCGUCCGCCCCACCAUCGAGGUGUGCAACAUCAUUCUCAAGGCGUACGUGCUCAGCUCACUGCCAGUGCAGAAGGUGAUGAAGUUCGUCGACACGGUUCGCAAGCUGGGAAUCGUGCCCAAUGCAAGCACGUAUGCGCUCAUGUUGCAAAGCGCAUGCGACGCCGGCCUGAUGGAUGUCGCUGAAGAAGUGUUUUCAGAAGCGGAGUUGGCGUUGCCUGAUCUCACGGGCAAUGGUGGAAGUGGUCAGGGUGCGAACAUCUACCAUUUUACCAUCAUGAUCCACGGCUACCUUCGACUGGGUGACCACCAGGAGGCCAAAGACUACUUUGACGAGAUGCAGAGUCGCAAACUCACACCGAGCGCCAUCACGUGGAGCGUCAUGGUGCACAGCUAUGCGCACAGCGAAAACGAGGCCAACUACGAUCUCGCUUGCAACCUCGUUUCGCAGCUCGUCACCGACGAAACGAAGAGGAUCUUCCGGCCGUCUUCGUGGGAUGUGCCUGCUACGCGGGCGCAAACGGCCAAGGUGCAGAAGGCGGAUCAGGUUGCUAGCGGAAGUGGAGGUGGCAGUGGCGGUGGCGGUGAACACAGACUUGCGGCGAAGCACAGCGCGCCGUUUGAGAAUCUGUACACGGUGCUCAUGGUGGCUCAGGCGCGUCGUGGCGAGCCAGAGAAGGUGGAGCAGACGCUCAAGACUAUGGCACGGCGCAUGCCAAAUUUGUCUGUGCCUGCCCUGACGCCGCUGCUCGACGCAUAUCGACGAGCAGGAGACAUUGACAGCGCGCUGGCGUUGUUCGACCAGAUCUACGAAUCGGCGCUCAAGGCGGCGCACAGCAAGCGUCGUCGUGUCUACGCAUACAGCGCACCCUCUGAUGGCGACAGCCAAGUCGCCGAGGACGGCCCGGUCGCACGGUCGUCCGAGCGCAGGCAAGACGCAAGCAGCCGCAGCAUGCUCUGUCUGCCCAUCUCGAUCAUGAUCGACCUGCUGUCUACAGCGGGCCGACACGACCAGGUUGCCAGGAUCUGGUCGCGCGCCAAAAACGAUGGGUUCGGCUUCGACUCGGACAACUGGAACCAUUUGGCCGCGUCGAUGGCUCGCGCAGGACAGCUGGAGGAAGCGCUUUCGGUGGUCGAGCAUGUGCUGUAUCGCGAUCCUCCGAAUGCGUGGAUGCGGUCGCGGCUGAGUGGGGACAAGCUGGGUAAGAAGGAGAGGGAUGUAGGGGUCGAAGCGCAGGUGGACAGGCUUGUAGAUGGGCGCGACGUGGCUGAGGUUCAGGAGUUGGAUGACGAUGUGGUCGACUUCGACCCGCUGCCGCCAGGUACGCUGCUCGAUCCGGCUGCGACACACCGCUCGGACGCAACGACUGUCUCCUCCACCCCACCCAACCGGCGACAUCAGGGGCGAAACGACGACGAUCCUUACGUCGAUCUGCCCUUCGACCGCUCCACCCCUUCGCUUGGCGAAGACGACGUCGACCCUGACACCGAACCCCGCACCACCACCACCCCACCCCUCCCGGAUCACGACAGUGACGACUACACCGCACCGGGCGCCUUUUACCUCUCGCCAGACGCCAAACUCCCUCUGCAUCGCGACCUCGCCAGCAGAGGAGGAGGAGACAGCUUCUCGCCGUGGUACGCGCACUUUGUGACCAUGGAGGCCAUCAGCCGCGGGCUGGCCGACAUGCGCGAGGCGGCACAGGUCAUCAGGCUGCUGGACACGUAUCGCACCGCAGCGAGGCUGCUGGACCUGCACGAGCGCAAGGUCGAGAUCAUCAGGGAGAGGCAGAGGGAGGAGGCGGUGAGGAGUGCGCGCGAUUUGAUCGAUGGCAGGCGUUAA